GUCGUCCACCUUCCUCCUCCUCGCCGCCGUCCUCAUGAGUUCCUACUUUGUCAACUCCUCUUUCCCGGUUGGAGGCGGGCAGGCGGCGGAGUCCUUCUUGGGUCAGGUCCCCCUCUACUCCCCGGGCUUCGCCGCCGACCACCCGCUCAGACAUUACCCGGCGGCGUACGGCGCGCAGGAGAAAACCUACCCGCCAUCCAGCUACUACCAACCGGCGACGAGCGGGGCGUAUGGCGGGCACCGGGCGGGCGUCGCAGGCACCGGAGCCGGCGCGUGCGACUACGCCACAGCCGCCGCGUCGGCGGCGGCGGCGGCGGCGGCGGCGAGCUUCUACCGGGACAAGGAGUACGCUUGCGGUCUGGACGAGCAUCCGCUCUCCCUGAGCCAGCAGGACGGCGCGCAUCGCAAGGCGGACUGCAAGGGAAUGUUCGGGGACGCCGGGGACGACAAGCAGAGCGGACCGGCCCACAUUUACCCGUGGAUGCAGCGGAUGAACGCGUGCAACGGGACGUUCGGCAGCCCCGGCAGACGUGGGCGUCAGACGUACACCCGGUACCAGACCCUGGAGCUGGAGAAGGAGUUCCACUUCAACCGAUACCUCACACGCAGGCGGCGGAUCGAGAUCGCGCACGCGCUCUGCCUCACCGAGCGCCAGAUCAAGAUCUGGUUCCAGAACCGCAGGAUGAAGUGGAAGAAGGAGAACAAGCUGAUAAACUCCUCCUCCUCCUCCUCCUCCUCCUCCUCGUCCACGGUGAUCGGGGGGGCGGAGGAGGAGGACAAGCGGACGGAGUGAAGGUGAAGGUGUGAGGAAGAAAAGAGACUCUUAGCAAAGUGGAUGCUUCUCAUCUCAUCCUCCUUCCGAAGCACGGGAAAGUAGCCCAUGCGUUGAAUGACUGCUGAGAAGAAGAAGACGAAGAAGAAGAAGUGCCGACCAGGCAAGAUGGAGGCCGAAGAGGAGUCACGUGACUUUGACCUGUUGGGGUAUUUGAAAGUUAAAAAAAGAAGCAUAUUUUCUGUAAAAGUUGCGUGUGGGUCAAACGGAGCUUUUUGAAAAGUGUGAUGUUUUUAAACCUUUCACAAAAAACAACACAACUUUCACCCUGUUUCCAUGGAAACACGUGUAACAUAGCACUAUACAAGUCACGUGAUGGCCUUUUCAGGCUUCCGAUUGGCCAAAACCAACAUGUUUUUAUGUGGAUUCUUUUUUUAAGCACUCUGGGAGUUUUUUAGCGGGCAAAAUGUGCAUUGAAAAAGAAACAUCCGUGUUGGUGUGGACACGCAUUCAUUUCCAUGACGCUUCCAUUUCAUGUCUUAUUGGCACUCAUAUUUAAAGGAAAAGUGCACUUUUUUGGGAAUUUUGCUUGUGUGAGAGACAAACACGCAUGUCUUUCUCUUUGCUGUGUGUUCUAAAGUUAUAAAAACAGAUAAAAAAAGAGGCAUGCACGUAAUGGGACGCAGCAAAAAGCACCAUUUCCAUUUCCAUAAUGCGAGCUGCAUAUGAAGCACAUUGUUAUUAUUGUUAUUAUUGUUAUUAACAUUGUUACACCAAAGAACUACCUUACUAGUGUAGUGACGCCUCACCACACCACACCGGCUAGCGACUAGCUUCACCACACACUAGCCAUAACGCUACAUAUUGGAGCUGCCCCCACUGCUGCUGUGUGUGUGUUUUAGACGCUAGUGUAGCGUUCCUUUCUACAGUAUGUUGCUAUGUGACAUCAAUGCACCCAGGAAGGAAGUAUUCCAUGCUAUGAUGAAUGUAGCAGUUACUACAUGCUCACAACAUGGAUAUAAAACCACUACACCUUGUUGGAGGUGUUUUCAUAGGUGUGUCCCAUUACGUGCAUUCUUAGCUGCCUCUUUUUUUUUUUUUACCUGUUUUUUAACUGUGGACUCCGAAAGGAUUGUGGAUCCAAAAAAGUGCACUUUUCCUUUAAGGCUGAAAUAAUAAGCAGGGUGAUGAACAAGUAUGAUUUUGUAAGGAUUCCCAGUAAGAUGUCCUACUUUCCAACGAGGGGAGGGGUGGCUAACAUGCUCUUGUUAUUUCUUAAACUACCUAAAACAUGCAGGAUGUGUGUACAUGAUGAUUUAUUUGAUGUUUUG